CCCAUGCCUUGCCCGGGCUGGAUUUCCUGCGCUGGAGCUGCAUUGGGCUUGCCAGGGGGCCUUUUGCCCAGUUUGAUAGCAGCGCUAGAGCUGCUCUUAGACAAUGAAAGAGUGCCACUUAUGAAUUUGUCAUUAAUUUUGUUGGUAAUUGAAGGAAUUUUUUUUUUCUUCUAAUUUGUAGAGAAUAUUUUACUUGAGCAUUUUUUAAAUUGUUAUAGGUCUAUGAGGGGUCUUGGGAUCUAGCAUAAAUGUCAUUUUAGUAAGACGGGCACAACUUAGUUCAGUUCAGAUCACAUCUUUAACCGACAAUUGAAUUGUCGCCAAGCCCUCAAUUUCGAUUAAAUGGGUGUUGCAGAAAAACGUAGGUGUAAUUAAACCAAACUGGACUGAAUUUGAUAGACUUGGUUUAGUUUGAUUUUGAUUAAUUUGAGGUGGCGACGACGUAGAAGAAGAGGCACUGAGUUGUUGAAUCUACUAGAGCAAAGGUGACAACCGUCGAGGACACAUAAUUUUUUUUUUAUAAUUAAAAAAUCAAACUAAACAGACUUGAUCGGUUCAAUUUAUUUAUUUUUUUUUUUUUGGGGGGUGUGCACCCUCUGUUUUAGAGCUUAACCGCCAACAAUUUGGAAGUAAAUCUUAACCCCAAAUGAUUACAUAAAGCAAGCUAGCUAGUAGCUAUGACACCACAAUCUCACUACAUUCAUUCCCUCUCUCCUGGCAAAUGAUUAGAUGAAAGCAAACUAGUAGCUCUAACACCACAAUCUCACUCUACAUUUCCUCUCUCUCACCUUCCCAACAAAGACAGACAUGCUAACUGCGAAGGUUGUAUAACUGAUCAAAUAAUUAUCACCCUCCUCACCUAAAUCCCUCAUCUCCCACCACUUAUAAAAACUCUCUCCACUCCCCCCAAAACUCAUAUCAAACACUUGCACAAAAUAUCAAACACCUUGUGCAUGCAAGCACCACUCUUGCUUUGGCAUUAUUUGUUUUCAAGCAAAUUAAGCAGCCAAAACCCCACCACACUCAAAAAACAAGAUGGUAAAGCUUCAGCAUCAGCCUCUUUUCUCACUCACACUUCUACUUAUCUUGCUCUUCCAUUGCACCAAAAUCUUAGCCCAAGCUCCUGCCGCAGCCCCUGCUGCUGCUCCUGCAGCCCCAGUUGCCCCAGCUGCUCCAAUUGCCCCAGCUGCCCCAAUUGCCCCAGCUGCCCCAUCAAUUACAGGGCCAGCAGUUCCAGCACCACCAGCUGAUGCCCCUGCACCUCCAGGCCCAACCAACAUCACCAAAAUCCUUGAAAAAGCAGGUGGCUUCAAUGUCUUCAUCCGCCUUUUAAAAAGCACCCAAAUUGAUAGACAGCUCUACAGUCAACUCAACAACUCAAAUAGCCAACUCACCGUUUUAGCCCCAACUGACAGUGCCUUCUCAAGGCUCAGCACAGGCUCACUCAACUCUUUGGGCGAUGAGCAAAAAGUGCAGCUCUUACAAUUCCAUCUGAUCCCAGAUUUUCUCACAAUCCAAAACUUUCAAACUCUCAGCAAUCCAGUGAGAACCCAAGCUGGAACUGGAUUUCAGUAUCCACUAAACAUUACCACAACAGGCAGUUCAGUCAACAUUUCCACUGGCCUUGUGAACACCUCCAUUUCAGGCACCGUCUACUCUGAUAAUCAAAUUGCUAUUUACAAAGUUAACAGUGUGCUCCAGCCUUAUGGUGUUUUUGCUCCCAAGCAUCACCAACCGUCACCCGCUCCGGCACCUGCACAAGAGAAGCCUAAGAAGGAGUCUUCAUCAUCGGAUUCUGAUGACACUACUCCUGAUGUUGCUGAAGUGAAGUCUGGUGCUAUUCCUUGUCUGAUCCCCAAGAUUAAUGCCAUUGUCUCCACUGGAGUUGCUGUGGUUGCUGCUGCAGCAUUAAGCUUCUCUUGAUAAAAUUGUUUGUUGCAAUUGGAGUUGGUUUGAAUUUGAAGGGUAAUAACAGUUGUUAUGCAUGUCAGAAAUGUGAUCUGUACUGUAUGUGAGAGCAAUACUGUUUCGUUGAAGUUCAUUGGGCUUCUGUGUAUUUUAAGAAACUUGUGUAAAUUCCUCCAUAAAAUCAGUACAUGG